AUGGAAUCGAUGAACACAACACAGAAGAAAACAAGCUUUAGUGAGCUUUCUUGUUUACUUCAGGGUAGUAAUCAUACCCAUUUGAAGCAUUCCAGACAGUCGUCACUGAAAACUACCAAAAGCUUAUACACUGUUCCGGAGCUGAAAACAGAGGGGACAAGCCCCACGAGUAGCGAACCGAAACAGAAGGGAAAUCGAUUCCAUUUGACUAGCUCUUCUCAUCAGUUGUUAAAUACCAUCAGAAACAAGAAACAAUCUCAGGCUCAAUGUCUAGUUCUAACUGACCAGAAAGAUAGAAGGGUUUCUGCAUUGAGCAGAGUAUCCUCUGGAGAACCCUUGAGGAAAACAUUUUCGAAUCCCAUCAACAGAUACGAAUACCAGAAGACCUACGCGGUACGACCAAAGAGUUCAAGUGCUCGUUGCAUACCGACUGUUAACACCAAUAGUAAUUCUUCCUCUUCGUCACGAACCAAUUCUCCGUUAGAACCAGUUCCAGCUGUGAUAACUGACUUGACUGCUGAAGAAACUUUCAAAAAGCCUAUCAACGAGAACUACACGCUAGAGAAUAAGUUCGAAACUAAUAAAUCGAUUGAGUCCAUGAACAACCCGAGUCCCAUCAGUUCAAACCAAUCACCAUUCACUAAAGGAACUGCAGUUGAACUUGCUAAUUCCAUAAGCCGACGUGAUUCUUUGACCUUGAAACAGUUCAAUUCUGAUUUGACAAACAAUACGCCUUCAAUAAAUUAUACUUCUAGAACGCAAUUGAAAUUAGACCAUCUGAGAGACAAAUCAGCCGAAACUCGAAACUCUAUUCAUGCAACAGAUGAUAUAAUUUAUCUGUUAAACCACUCUGCAGACUCCAGCGUUUCGAACAAUUCGCUAUCACCACAGAAAGAUGUUUGGAAAAUCACUGCACAGGGGAAAUUUUGGCUUAAUUCAGACCUUUCUACCAAUUUAAUGUACCAGCAAUUAAAUUUGCAAUGUAAAAUGGUCGAACGGUUUAACUAUAACUGCAAAAGUAUCUUAGUGUCGAGAAUGAGCAACAUUAUAAAGAAAAGAGAGAAAAAACCUGCUAGAAUUAAGUCUAAUGGGAAGAACUCGACUUUCCAGCAGCGACGGGAGCUAUCUCCAGAUUCUACUUCUUCGCUGACUUUGGAGAAUUUCGUAUCACUAGAUGCAUUAACUCAUUUUGAUGACUUUCCGGCUGUGAAAGAUGGUGAACUGAAAUCCAUCCUCGUGAGGGGUAAAAAGUCGUGCGAAGAAAUAUGGCAUCAUACAGAGAGAAAGGAGUUUAUAGCUUAUGAGUCUCCUACUCGUGAUCUCACAAACGGUAACUUUCUGUCAGCAUCAACACCCUCUGAUAAAUCAUUUGAUAAACAGUAUAGAAAUACUUGA